UUAAAACAUCAAAGCAACAAAAUCAAGUUCAGCCUGGCUGAAAUAUAUAUUUAUUCCACAACCAGACUUGAACCGAUAAACUUUUUAUACAUCCCCAAAAUACCACUAAGAAGUUAAAAAAAAAAACAAACACUUUUUGCCUUUUAAGAUGACGUCUAGAAGAACAACGUUCGACAAGAUGAACCUGGGUUUGCCCGUUCACUCGGACCCCUACGAAGGGCAAACUGAAUCGGGAUCGUCGAUCGACAGGCAAAGCAGCGAUAAAGUUAUGUCUCAUAAGGUGCUGAUGGAAAAACUGUACAAGGAGGCAAAGCUCACGAUGCCCGACCUUUUCACACAUAAUCCCUCCUGCAGCUCGGACGACUCCGAGGAAUUAGAAUUCCCGGAGACUAUAAAAGAACGAGCCAGACGCAUAUCCUUCGUGCGACGCCGAAAGUUGCACUACAAUGAGUUCUCAACGGUCGAGUUGGCCAGGCGUCUCAUCCGCGAGGAGUUCACCCAGUCAUCGGACAGCCUACUUAGCGUGGAUAACGACUAUGUCUCCGAGAUCGCCGAAGAGGAGUGUGCUCCCUGCGACGACAACUCGUUUGACUUCAUUCCGUAUCUCCAGUACGAUCGACCUACAGACCAAUCGCAGUUGUCCGACGAUAGUCUGCCGAAGGAGGAUCCCGAGCCCGGAUUCCAUCCCACCCAUCACUGCUAUAACAAGCUAAUAAGCCAGAUUCCUGAUCCGCCGAUAGUGUACGUUCCCGUGGAGCCAGAAGCGCGACAGGAACCCCAACCCGAACCGCGAUCGGAACCCCGAUCGGAACCGGAAGCAGUACCCCCACCAGCACCACCACCACCUCCACCGCCACCGCAACCACCAACUGCGCCGGAAGUCAGUGGAGGAACAGCUCUGGAAGACGAAAAACACACUCGGAUCCUCGACCAUGGCGAAAACAUUGACCUCAGGACUGUUAACGCCGUGCCGAAAACCAUUAGUUCGGGUGUGAAAAAACCCGCUGGUGCAAGGACGCGGAAUUUAUAAGCUAAUGGAUGGCACAAUAGGAUAUGGGAUCCCGUUUAAAUUGAUUUAUAUUUAAUUGGCAGUACCGACCACAUUGUGUUUUCAAAUGUUUCGUUAGGUGGAAAUAAAAAUGCGAAACGUAUAGCCAGAAAAUGCCUAAGAUGGCAAAGUAGCUGAAAUGUGAUAAGAAGGCUUUACUUGAAUCGGCCAAACAAACCCAUACCCAAUGCAUCCAGGCUAAUUUAGACACAAAAUAACCGUAAUCGCCUCUGAUCUCAAAUGACUCCAUCAACGCCUUCUUGGCCCAGCACAGCUUUAAAAAUAUAGUUUUCCCGACCCGGAGACCGCACAAUUAUUUGGGCCAUAAAGGACGAAGCCCACACUAACGCACACAUGAAGGGACGCAGGACAUUCACAGGGAUAACUAAGUGUGUACGAUAAUGACCCAUAACGGAUUCCACUCUUUUCCCUGCCUUACUUUGCGUGGGUGGAAAGAAGGAGGAUGAGGCUAAAAGGCAUUUGGAGUACAAUGUGCUGACAUUAUACUAACAAACUAUUGCCUAACGUUAUCUGCCAACGUUAUCUGUGAGAUAAUAUUCGGUAUUAGCUCUUAAUUUUAAUAAAGUUAUA